CCAUCACCUUGCGUGGGUGCAGCGCUGGAGUCAAUCAAUCAAGUCAACACUGCAAAACCCCAACCCAACACACAUACACUAUUCAACAUUCAUCCACUUCCCUACCCGAAUCCCACUUAAAUAUCACCACCAUGUCAACGAUACCCGAGACCGACGUUCUCAUCAUUGGCGGUGGCCCUGGUGGCCUCGCUGCCGCCACAGGUCUGGUCCGCCAGCUGCAUACCGUCGUACUUUUCGACUCGGGCAAAUACCGUAACAUCAGAUCCAAGCACAUGCACAACGUGCCUUCGUGGGAUCACAGAGACCCUGCAGACUUCCGCCGCAUCGCUCGCGAAGAUUUGGUCUCGCAUUAUGACACGGCCUCGAUCGAAAAUACCGAAAUCACAUCAAUCAAGGAGAUUGAAGGUGGUUUCGAGGUCAGUGAUGCAAGCGGAAAGUCGUGGGCCGGUAAGAAAGUCAUUCUUGCCACGGGCGUCGAGGAACGCUUCCCCGAGAUUCCAGGCUAUGAGGAGAACUGGGGUUACACAAUCUUCCAUUGCUUGUUUUGCCACGGCUAUGAGGAGCGUGGCCGCGAUGCAGGAGUACUAUGUGUGCAAUUUGCCACCAAAAUGCCACAAAUGGCUAUGAACCAAGCCCGGCAUGUUAUCCAGCUCUCCAAAUCGUGCGUCAUGUACACCGACGGCGACGAGGCCCUUGAAAAGACCUUCAUCGAGCUCAUUGGCGGCGCCAUCGACAAGAUCAAGACGGAUAGCCGCAAGAUCAAGCGCCUCGUCAAAGUUGAUGCCGGCAUCACCAUCGAGUUUGAGGAUGGCUCCUCUGUCACCAAAGCUUUUCUCGCGCACGCUCCCAAUACCGUCCCCCGCGGCCCGCUGGUACAGCAGCUGGGCCUGAAGACAGGUGGUCCAUUCGGGGAUAUUGAAGUGUCUCAGCCAUUUCUUCAAACUAGCCAGCGAGGUGUCUUUGCCGCUGGCGACAAUAUGAUCAUGGCUAAGGCUGUUACCGCCGCCAUUAGCAACGGGUCCAUGGCUGGCGCCGGUGCCUCUAUGCAGAUUCAAGCCGAGGAACACGGCCACCCGAGCAUGGUGUAG